AAAGACGGGUCUUGCGACUAAACAAUUGGGUAACGUUCACGUAUUGAGCAAAUUUUAAAGGUUCACUCAAUAACUGAGAGUCCUUAAAAUGUGUGGAUUGACCGAUUCGAAUUUAGUUUUGAAUGAGCUCAUUAUGUUUUGUGAAAUUGUUUAAAAUAGAAAAUAUGUCGCGACAGUAAUUAACAGAUAGUACUAAUUGGGAUUAGUUUAUGGAGAACUGGAGGUGUUACGUUUUGUUUUAGAAGUGGCCGAUAGCGACAUUAAUCCGAACACAAGCUAUUACUACAUCCUUCAUUCACUCUGAACAACCAAUAUUUGCUUGUCUGAAAAAAUACGACUCCUUAAGAAAACAUUUUCAAUAUUACAUUCACCCUCGACUCCGGUGCUGUGUCUCCGCAUUAUUAUUAUUAUUAUGCCACGCAGAUUAACGGAGUGAAAAGGAUGAAUAGUAAAAAUCAGGAAACGAAUCAAGUGUUUGAGAAUGUGACUUUUGAUGAGGCCGUUAAACGAACAGGAUAUGGGAAAUUCCACGCGGAAGUCAUCACGGUGUGUGCCAUCUCGAUAUUGACGGUGGGCUUCCAGAACGGGCUCUCCUCUUACGUCUUCCCGGCGGCAGAAUGCGAACUGCAACUCACGUCGUACCACGUGGGCAUCUUGAACGUGACGUUCCUGGUCGGCGGCAUCCUCAGCAGUUUCCUGUGGGGCUUCAAAGCCGACCUGUCCGGCCGGAAGCAAGUGAUCAUGGCGGCGCACCUCCUCAACUUCCUGAUCACCGUCUUCUGUGCCGUCAAUCCGCUCUACAUAAGUCUGUUUCUGUGUAGGUUCUGCAACGGGUUCCUGAUCAGCGCACCCGGCAGCAUAAUCUUCUCCUACUUGGCCGAGUUCCAGCCGCCCAAAUAUCGGGGGGCGAUCGUUUGCUAUUGCGGACUCUUUUUCACGCUGGCUUGGCUGGUGCUUCCUGUCACCGCCUAUUUCGUGUUGCCCAUCGACAUCCACUUCCGGCUAGGUUCCGCCUUCAUCUUGUCGCCGUGGCGAUUCUUCUUGAUCGUAUUGGUCGUACCGGAAUUGAUCGUGGGAUUGUGGUUCCUGCGUUUGCCUGAAAGUCCCAAGUUCCACAUGACCAAAGGCAACAAGAAGUUGGCAUUGAACAUCCUGAAGACGAUGUACGCCAGAAACACCGGAAAACCGGAAGACAAGUUCCCCGUUAAGAAUCUGGUGGAGGACGCUGCGAAAGGGGAGGAGAUGGUUUCUGAUCCGUCCACCUCCAACAGCGGAAUGCUUGAGCAAUUCCUGGACGGAAUGAAGUCGUUGUUCCGCGCACCGCUGCUGCCUGCCACCCUGCUGACGUGCUUCAUCAUGUUUUCCAACAUGUUUGGAGUGUUCGGACUGGGUCUGUGGCUUCCCGAGCUGUUCAUCCGGUUCCAGAAGUUCCAGGAAAUGUACCCGAACGCGUCGGUGACCGUCAAAGAGCUGUCCGCCCUGAGUCAGCAAAAGUCGGCGCCAUCCUCUUCGUCGUGUUCGCCGUCGUUCGACAACGCGGUGAUCGUCAACACGAUCGCCGUGGCGUGCACUUCGCUGGUGUACAACGCCGUCGCCGGCUGGCUGACCAGCAGGGUGCACAUCAAAACCGUCCCUCUCGUGUCGAUGCUGUUGGGCGGCGUCAGCUGCUUGAGCAUCUACUGGCUCACCUCUUCGACCCAGAACCUGAUCGUGUCGUGCAUAUUCCAGGCCACCAUGAUCACUGCCAACAUGACCAUCGGGAGUGUGGGCGUGGAACUGUUCCCCACGUCGGUGGGAGCCAUCGCCAUUUCGCUGAUCAUGUUCUCGGGCAGAGUGGGUGCCAUGUGCAGCAACAUCGUCUUCGGCUUGCUGAUGGACAAGCACUGCGAGAUCCCGAUAUUCGUGGUGGCGGUGGUGGUACUGCUGGGAACGCUCCUGUGCUUCCUGAUACCGGAAAAGGAGGGACAGGGCCACAAGGAGAACGAUUACAAGGGAGGAGAAACCAUCGAAAUUUCCGUGAUCUCGAAAGACAUUAAUUAACUAAUUUACAUUAUUAUUAUUAUUAUUAUUAUUUCAUUCCCUUCUAGGAACUCUACUCUAUUUAUUUCAUGUCAACACUUCUCUUCAAUGUAUUUAGUACAAUAAACCAAAUUGUUAAUGAU